AUGCUACUGCCUGGGCGCAAUGGCACCGCGUACUGGGCGCGAUUUGGGCAGCAACAGCUGGCUCCAGGAGGCGCCCUGGGGGGCUCGGAGGGGGCGGCGCCGCUGGGGCCCGCACAGGUGGUCAUCGCCGGCCUCCUGAUCCUGCUCAUUGUCUGGACCCUGCUGGGCAACGUGCUGGUGUGCGCAGCCAUCGUGCGCAGCCGCCACUUGCGCGCCAAGAUGACCAACAUUUUCAUCGUGUCUCUGGCUGUGUCCGAUCUCCUCGUGGCGUUGCUGGUCAUGCCCUGGAAGGCUGUCGCUGAGGUGGCCGGCUACUGGCCCUUUGGGGCCUUCUGCGACGUCUGGGUGGCCUUCGACAUCAUGUGCUCCACAGCCUCCAUCCUGAACCUGUGCGUCAUCAGCGUGGACCGCUACUGGGCCAUCUCUAGGCCCUUCCGUUACCAGCAAACAAUGACCCAGUGCGUUGCCUUGGUCAUGGUCGGCCUGGCCUGGACCCUGUCCGUCCUCAUCUCCUUCAUCCCAGUCCAGCUUCAUUGGCACAGGGACAAGGCAGGCUCCUGGGGCGGGGUGCAUCCACCAUCCAACCUGGCCAACGGGACGCCCUGGGAGGACACAGGGGAGCCAGAGGUGAGGGAGGAGAACUGCGACUCUAGUCUGAACCGAACUUACGCAAUCUCCUCCUCGCUCAUCAGCUUCUACAUCCCCGUGGCCAUCAUGAUCGUGACCUACACGCGCAUCUACCGCAUCGCCCAGGUGCAGAUCCGCAGGAUUUCCUCCCUGGAGCGGGCGGCGCAGCACGCGCAGAGAUGCCGGGGCCGCGCGGCCCGUGCGCCUGACGCCAGCCUGCGGGCCUCUAUCAAGAAGGAGACCAAGGUCCUCAAGACCCUGUCGAUGAUCAUGGGGGUCUUCGUGUGCUGCUGGCUGCCCUUCUUUGUCCUUAACUGCAUGGUCCCCUUCUGCAGCGGACGCUCGGAGGAUCCUCAGGCUGGCUUCUCCUGUGUCAGCGAGACCACCUUCGACGUCUUCGUCUGGUUCGGCUGGGCCAACUCCUCCCUCAACCCCAUCAUCUACGCCUUCAACGCUGACUUCAGGAAGGUGUUUGCCCAGCUCCUGGGGUGCAGCCACCGCUGCCCCCGCACCCAGGUGGAGACGGUGAACAUCAGCAACGAGCUCAUCUCCUACAACCAGGACACUGUCUUCCCCAAGGACAUCGAGGCUGCCUAUAGCCACAUGAUCCCCAACACCCUGACCCCAGGGGACAGGGAGGUGGACAAGGAGGAGGAGGGCCCUUUCGAUCGUAUGUCCCAGCUCUCUCAAGCGUCCCCAGAUGUGGACCCUGCCGCCAACUCUGUCUGGGAGCUGGACUGCGAGGGGGAGAUUUCAUUAAGCAAAAUAACACCUUUCACCCCAAGUGGUUUUCAUUAA